AUGAUGUUGAAAAAGGCAGAGGCAAGUGGAAGAGAUGUUUACUUGUCCCUGCUUGAGUACAGAAAUACACCUGUGGACAAAGUGAACUUGUCGCCAGCACAGAUGCUGAUGGGCCGGCGCCUGAAGAGCCGCUUGCCUGUGUCAAAAGCACUCCUCCAACCACAAGCACAAGAUCACUCCCUGCUUCAAAGACAACUCGAAUACAGGCAAGAUCUACAAAAGUACUACUAUGACAAAGGGAGCAGAGAGUUGUCUCCCCUGAAUCCGGGACACUAUGUCAGAGUACAGGAGAAGAGCGGGUGGAAUCCUGCUGUUGUGACAGCAGUCGACCCUUCACCAAGAUCAUACAAGGUGACAACUAACAGUGGCAAAGCAUACAGACGAAAUAGAUGUCACAUCAGAACAACAGCGGAAGACUUUGGCAACAUGAAGGACAAGCAAGAAAUCACUCCAGAAUGCUACACAUCUAGAAACCAUGAUCCUUCUCAGUCACAGAAACAACUGCACAUAUUCUGUGAUGCUUCGGAGCGUGCCUAUGGUUCAGUUGCCUAUUUGAGAAGUGAAGAUAGGAACGGUGAUAUAGCUGUCAGUUUUGUGGCUGCGAGAAGUAGAGUGGCUCCUGAGAAGCUGCUCUCAAUGCCCAGACUAGAACUCUCUGCUGCCCUUACUGACAGCUGGCGUUAUGUGAACACAAAGGAUAACCCAGCCGAUGUUGUCACAGGAGGUGUAACCUUGCAGGAACUCUAUGUUGCCUCCCAAUGGAGGAACAGUCCUCUUUUCCUUUUAGAAUCCUCUGAGAAACGACCAACACUCACAGACAUAUGUGAUAUACCUGAUGCUGCUCAGGUAGCAGAUGAACUGAAGAAAAGUUACUGUGACAAUAUCUCAGCUGUGAACCUUCCUGAUUGUUCUCAGUACAACAACUGGGAAUCACUAGUCAAAGCUCCCAUUGAGUGCCUUGAUGGGGUGGCCAUAAGUGAUCAAUUUGAUGAAGUUGAACUCAUAGAGAAAGCGGAAACACUGUUGUUUCAACAAAUUCAGCUGGAAUGCUUUCCUGAUGGAAUUGCAUCAUUACGAGAAGGCAAAGCAAUAACCCGUACAAGCAGACUUAUAGAACUCAAUCCAGAAUAUGACCCAUCUGAUGGCAUGGUAGGAGUUGGUGGUAGACUCAGACAGGCUGAGGGACUCCCAGAAAAUGUCAAACACCCUAAAGUCCUCGACCCUAAACAUCCCAUAACAAGACUCAUCAUCAAGGACUUUGAUGAAAUCUUGCACCAUUAUGGACCAGAAUGCAGCUUCACAGAAGUUCGAUGA